UAAUUACUUUGCCCAUAUAUGCAAGAAGAAGAAUAUUGUUUUCUCAAUCAGACUGAGUAAUGCUCGUAUUUGAUUAUGAUUUUACUCUUCACUGUCAUACAUGUCGAGUGAUCAUCAAAUCAGAAAUAUUAAUCGUGUAUACAUUUUAGUUUUGCCUUUCCACAUCUCCGAACUUGUUGACAUGCUUUAAACAAUGGGGCUUUUAAAUGUCAAGCGUUUUCUACGCGAAUUAAUUUACAAACGUUUUCUAUUUUCGUUAUACUUAAUGUCUUAAUUAAACAUUGUUUGACGAUUGAAUUUUAUUAACGACCUGCCGAGUUUAUUGCAAAUUCAAAUACCGCAAAAUCUUUAAUAAUAAAUAAAGCGUGAAUGGCCCGUUUAUUUUUUGAAAUGUUAAAAUUAUUUUUAGGCGUUUUAUUUUUUGAUAUUUUUUAAAUUUAUAACUAAGUUUAAAAAUAUGCCAAAUGCUAUGACACAAUUCCCCCAAAAAAUCUGCACAGAAUAUUUAUAGAAGUUUUAUAAAAUUCUUACAAAGCAAUAUAACACAAAACAGAAGAACUUUUCCUAUUUUUUCCUUUUGUGAAAUGUAUAUUUAAUGGAGUAAUUCGUUAUACAAAAAAAUGUUCAUGCAAGAAAAUAUCGUUUCAAAGUAGUCGGUCUAAUUAAAGUUCUUAAUAUAUUCAUUAACUCUCUCUUCGCUAUUUCAAAAAGCUUCUAAAUUCGAUCUUUUAAUUAAGCAUUUUUAUCUCGCAAACAGCUUCCUCGAAAGAAAAAAAUUAUUUAAGCACCUCUAACUUCGGCUCACGCGAACAUUUCAUCGCUUUUCCUUUGCAUUAGUACAACGAGACUCUUUCUGACAGCAUGAAUAAUUAUGUAUAAAAUGAAAACGUGAUGCCAGAGAGACUGCACUACAGCGAUUUGUCGAGAGACAAAUUAUUUCGUGUCGUAUAGUUUUGUAUUGUAUCUAUUUUGAGUAUUUUAAGGCUGAUUCUUUACAAGAUAAUAAAUGCCAGAAAUGUCGUUUCAGGAAUAGAUUCUUGAAUCUAAAAAAACUCGAGGCAACCAAACAAUAUUGACAUACAUAAAUGUGUCAUAUAUUGAUAUAAACUGCCCAUUCGAAAAAUCGAGGUUGAAUAAUUAUGUACAAAACGGUGCGGAAAGGCGAUGCUAGCUUGCAGUACACGAUACUGCCACAGACGGAUCAGUUCUCGUCCGGCGGAUUUCCGCAAACUUCCGGUAAGCCCCGGCCGAGGAUCAUCAAGUAUACGAUGGGCACUGUGAUGGUGCUCAUUAUACUGUCCUGCGUGGCCACGCCGUUCCUGAUGAAUCAGAAUGAUCACAACCUUUUCGCCAGCACGAUGCUGGCGAUGAGCCGAGUCGAGCCAGUCAGAAACACAUCGAGAAGCCAAACGAAGGACAUUGGUGUUAGUAAGAACAGAAGCAGGAUUCCGACUACGAUGGUGUCGACGACCGAGGUCACUAGGAGGAAAGACCUCGAAGAUAGCACGACCUCUUUCAACGGAAUUCUCCGAGCGAAGGAAGAGGAGGAAGAGGCGGUAGUUGAUGAUACCACGUUAGCAGACAUAUCGGAAAUUAGUACGCAAGCAAUUCCAAGCACGGAAACGUCGAUGAGCGUCCGUCAAACGGUGACGACUUCCGUUUUACCGCCGACAACGGUCCUUUCGGCGUCCUCGAACGGCACGACAGAAGACACGAAGAUGGCGAGCACGCCGAAAAAGCCAAAGAUGCCAAGGGUGACCCUGAAACUGCGCGAAAACGAAACCAUACCGCAAAUGUAUAUGAAGGCUGGCAUAGCUUCAUACAAAAAAGGCAACAUCACUACUAGCGUUCUCGCGCCGCGCCUCAGCCUCGAGGGCCUGAUAUUCAAAACGCCGGAGGGCACGAUAAAGCCCUGGCCUCAGAAGUGGUUCUUCAGCGAUCCCUCGGCCGACUUUCAGUGGAAGGGCUCGACCCAAAUGCCGGUAACAAUUUACAUCGUCCUCGCAGGACUGGCCGCUUUGGCGAGCAUCAGUAUCGUCCUAAUGUUUUACGUGCAACGUAAGGCAUCGAGACGUCAACGGCCGAACAUAGAGGAGCCGGAAGUCGAGGAGCACGAAGAAGACAAGUCGACUCUUUUGGGCGCGGAGAGCCAAGAGAUCGAAGAAAAGGAGUAAUUGCCUGGCAAGACGAACACAACGCAUCCAUACAUAUAGCGCGCGUAAGACUUGCCUAUUUUUACAACACAACACAUCAGUUAGGUUUAGAGUCUUCCAGGUCGAAGGAUUGAACCUUGAGAAGCGAACGGGUAAGAGAGAUACGAAAAGGAUUUUUUUAUGAUGCAGUCGGAAUUAACUAGAGAAUUAGGACGAACGCGCUCCGUGAUUCGGUUGCCUGAAUUGAGGAUCUGCACGAUAUUUUUUCUUGCGAGAUUGCUCACAAUAUUGUUAUUACGCCCGUAAAUUUACCUUCGCGCCAUAGCGGAUUUUUAAACAAGGGAUUUUUUCGCACAAAAGCGGAAACAAUCACAUUGUACAAUCAUUCUUAGCGUUGCACUUUCAUUUAGAUGCCCAAUUUACAUGUCUGUUAAGAAAUUAGCAACGGACCAGUUAAGUUUGUUGCAAUUGUGGUAUACCUCGACUAGCGACUAUGAUUAAAACAAUACGAUAAUAAAUCUUGCGAUAGUCGAGUUGAUCAUGAAAAGUUGCAUAAAGAGAUUCUGUUGUUUAUUAUAUAAGCUUGCGAUGAAAUAGAGCAGGUUUUAAAAACCCGCCACGGACGGACGCACGAUGUGCGUGAAGACAAACUAUAUAUAUAAAAAGGAAAAGUACCUGGCGAGUUAAGGAGACCGAAGUUUAUAAAAUCUUUCACAAAACAGUGAAUGUAGAACUCUAUCUUUCAUUCACUCUCUGUAGAAAUUUUUUAAAGUUUUUGUACAAAAUUUAGAAAUAAUUAACUCAACAAUGCCUAAAAAGAGAAGCGUCUAAAAAAUAUAAAUAUUAUCUUCAAAAUUCCAAUUAGUAAAUGAACGCAUAGAACAUAUGUUCUUGUAAUAAAGGAAAAUGCAAGAAUUGAGGUAAAAAUGAUUUUAAAUAAGAUUAAAUGAGAAAUUUAAAUUAUAGUGCAGUAAGAUAGAUUAAAAUUAGUCUGAAAAUCUAGAGAAAGAAAAAAAUACAAUCACACAAAUGUACAUGCGACAGUACAUGAAAAAGUAAAUAUAUUAUAGUCUUGUGAAAGAAUUUUAGAAGCCCAAAGAAAGGUCUCCUUAAUUCGGCCAUCUGUAUUUGCUAAACUUUCUAUAAUGUACAUGAUAUGCGUAUGUAUAUGAUUAUAAGAUAUUAUGUAUACGUGUGUCAUCGACUUUUUUAGCGAAUUUCGGAAAAGCAACGUGCUUUUUGACUUUCUGACGCCAGUCGAAUUCUAUCUGCGUACAAAAGUAGCCGUACUGCCAGCUACAAUAAAGAGCCAGCUUUCCAACUCCUCGUUUAAUUAAAAGUGAUGUUUGACGAACGUGCUAUCAGAUAUAUUGUUCGAUCGAUAUCCGCGCAUCGUUCACUCGACGAUAUCUGUCAUAUGGGGAGAAACAUAAUAUCGUAUUUUUUUGCAAAGUCUCUCAAACAGCUUGACGAUAUCGCGUCAAAAGUAUAUGCAUACAUGACUCAUAUUAAGUUACCCCGAGCUUUACGCAGUAUCGAAGUUUAAUUAUAGAUUGAUUUAAUCAACGUGUCGUUUUAUUAAAAAUAUGAUACAAAAUUAUUUAUAAAAAUACAUAGAAUCGGAACACAAAAUUUUAUAUAAUCGACUAACAUUUGCAAAAAAACACUAAAUAAAUUAUAUUUAAUUAAAAUUGAAAUAAUUAAUGUGGAGUAACGGGGAUAUGUAUUAUAUUUGUCAAUAUUAUCAUAAAGGAAAAAGUACGUCGCUGUCAGAAAAUUAUAUAUUUAAAAAUACAAUUUGUUUCAAAGAAAUAGACAUAAUAAUAUUUUCGAAGUAAAAGUAAAGUUUCAUCUUUCUGAUUUAUCUAAUAUUUUAGAAAUGCCUAAGUUCUUUCUCUAUUUCACAUAUGUUAAAAUCUAAAAAUAACUUAAUAUUUCUUUUAAAUUAAAUUUUGUUUGGCUAGAUUAAAUAAAUACAGACUAUCAAUAUUAUAUAUCAUAAAAUUAUGUGUUAAUUACGAUAUCUUAUAUAUCUCUCUCUCAAUUCUUUAAUAUUUUAUAAUUGUGUCUGACAAUUAUCAAAAUUGUCAAUUAAUCAAUUAAUUAUUAUUAUCAAUUCUUUUGUUUUCUCAAUGCAAAAUUAUAAAUUUUGAGAUGUUAUGAAGCAAUUUAGCAUAACAUGCAAAACAAGACUUAACUAUCCGAGCUUUAACUAAGGAUGCUCCUCAAGAUUGGCUCUAAAGGUCAGUUUUGCCACUUUAUUUUAUUCAAGGCAAAAUGCAUAAGACAAAAUUGUGCCGAUAAUUUCACGCUUAAAGACCAACGCUUGUACAGGCGUAUUGAAUCUAGUGUAUAUUUAUUACAUAAUGACGAUAACAAGUUGACCCAACAUUGUGCAAGUUGUUUACUCUGUGUGUGUCUAUAAGAUCCAUUUUAUCAGUAGAUAUUUUCUACAAUAUCUGCGCGCAUUACAUAAUUCCAUCUUUUUCAAUUUAUUCUAUACUCUAUAAUAUUUAUUACGAAUAAAUAUUCUCUACAAAUCUCAAAAAUCGCUUCGGAUUGUUAUAAUGUACACAUUUGCUAAAGCAUCACAAAAAAUAUAUUAAAAAGAGAUGAUACUAACAUCAACAGAUAAUAGAGUCUAAAUACAAAAAUGAUUUAUUCUAAAUAAAAAUUCAUCUAUUAACUUACAAAAAUAUGUAUUCAGUUUCGCGUAAUAGAUGAAAAAAACGGGUACAACAAUUUUUCGAUGCUUGCCAUUAAGAAUAUAGACUGUUAUUAAUAAAAUUAAAAAAUAUGAAUUAACAAAAAAUUGAAAACGACAAGCGUUUUGAAUAAUCGCAUUUAUAAUUAUAUCAUUACAUUAAUUUAAUUACAAUAAUUUUAUUCAACAUCUUUGAUCCAAAGAUAGAGAAUCAUAAUUAUAUGAUCUUACAGAGUUAAGCAAUUUCACGGAAUCCAUUUAAUUUUGUAUAUAUUGCACAUGCCAUUUGCACAGUUAAAGUCAAACUCACACAAAGUAUUGUUAUCACAAAUUCACUUAGAAACGUUCAUCAAAAACAUAAGUAUAGUGUUUAUCACAAUUGUCACGCUCACUUAGACUGUUUUGCAUACAUAUUUUAUAAUAAUGAGCCACUCAUUAUGCUAUAAUUAAUAAAAGGAGAUAUUUAUGCGUAGAUUCUUCAUGUUUAAUUCAACAAAAUAAGAUUCUUAUUUAUUAUUUAUAAUUAAGAAGUAAUUAGAGCAAUUCUGAUUUUUGAUCGUACUUGCUCGAAUAUAUAUUGAAAUAUUAGUAAUAAUCUUUCAAUAUUCGACAAUUUUAUAUAAAUAUUUAGUAACUACAUGAAAUAUUAUAUUAAUAUUUGUAAAUGUUGAUUAUUUGUAUUUGCAAAUAAUAUUAUUGAUAUUAUAUUAAUCUUCUAUAUUGGAAUCUGCGUGUUAUAUACGAUUUGAUUUUGUGGUUUAUUGAUUUCUUCUAAAACAUGACUCAUUAUUUCACCGCAUAAGAAUAAUACUUAUCAUAUUAAAAUUUAUAAAAAAUAAUAAAUAAGAAAUGAAAAAUUUGUUUUUAAUAUAUAAAAUUUUUAUUUUAUUGAGCAAUCUGAGAUUUAAAAUUAAUAAUUUAAAAAUAAAAUUAAGUUGCUUACAGAAGUAUAUUAACUGUAAUUUACAAUUUGUAAAUUUUAUGUAAAUAAAUAAGUUAAAUAAUAAGUUAGUAACAUAAUAAGUUAAGAUUAUAUUUUAAGUAUAUAUUUGUGAAAUUGUGAUUAGAACUAGAUAUUAGAGAUGUAUAUUUAAUUCGGUAUAUUAAGUGAUCUUGCAGCAAAAAUCGUGUAUAAAUUAUAAUCAUUAUGUUGCAAAUGAAUAAGAACGCAAGAAAUUCGAUGAUUAUAUGUACGGAAUAUUUAAGAGAUAGUUAAGGAUAUAAAAUUCGAACCGUAUACUAACUAUUCAUGUGACUUUUCGUAUAUUAAACAAACUUUUAUGGUAUAUGUAUUGAAACACGACUGCAAAUUUUAUUAGAGGCACUUUGGGAGGCUCAUAACUUGCAAAAUUAUUUAUAAGGCAUCUAAGAAAUGAAUAAUUAAAGCGAAAAAAAUAUAAUAAGCUCACCACAAGAUAAAACACUUUCCUUGUACCAAUUUUUCGUCACGUUGUACUUACUUGAAUAUAAUAGGUCGGUUUUUACGGAGAAAUUGCUAGAAAACUUAUGAAAGAUAUAACGCUCAAUCAAUUAUUUUUCGAGACCCUUACCGUGUCGUAGAAAUCGCGCGAAAGAACCAAAUGGAAAGAAAGAAUAAAAGGAAAAAUUAUUUGAAAAUCAAUCGCGUGAUUUUCGCGAGAUGGAUGUCCCGAGGACUUCAUGUCGAUAAACAGCAGUAUGCACAGAUAGAUAUAUAGGAAAAAAAGAUAAUGUUCGAUGCGUUUUCGAAAGAAAUAAAGAAUUCAUAAGUGACACAAUAGCGCUGUAGCUGAAGAGAAAAACGGUUAUAGUUUCUAUUUUAAAGAUUAUAUUUUUUUAACUUUAUUAAUUUUUGACUUCCACGUACAUGUAUAAAUAAAAAAUAAUAAAAAAUAUAUAUAUAUACAAAUUAUAAAUAUAAAACUGUAAUGGACUAUUGUAUAUACAUAUACACGUAUAUUUUAAUCAGGCCGUGUAGCGUGCAAAAUCACGCGAGAUGCUUUUGUUUAACGACUAUUAAUGAGAGAUUUAAGAAAAUGAAAAACAAAUGAUGAUGUGAAAGAGUUACAAGAUAUUGGAUAAUUCUUAAAUUAUAUAAAAGCAAAAUGUAUAACAUUUUAUUGUCAAAUAAAUUUGUAAACGAUUAUGUUUAUUAUUAAUUAUAUGUAUAAAAAGAAUUAAUCCAAACAAGGAAAUAAUUUUCUUCACGGAAACAGAAAUAUUUCUCUAAUUUGAAAAACGAAACUUUUUAGAGAAAAACCAAAAUGCUAUUCAGUGUAUGAUAAACUUGAAUCAGUAAUCAAUACAAUGCGCUUCCUAGGAUCUUAAUCUUGUUAAUCAAAUGAUGAUUAUAUUGACGCAUUCGCGGUUUACAAGAUUAAGGGCUGUACGUUGCGGAGUUACUAACACGAUGUAUCCGCGUUACACGGUCUAUUCACAUUAGCUAGCUUAGCUAGGCCAAUCAAUUUUGUGUACAUAUAUUAUUAUUGUAUGUACGUAGACUCGAAGUAUCUGUUAAGAACGGCGGAUAACGUAAACAAUUGAUUAAUCGAUGUUUAAAUUUAUAUACAAACUUAUAUUGGAAACAAUUACAAUGACAAACAAUAAUGGAAAGCUUUAUUUAUUAAAAAAAAAAAAAUAGAAAAUGACUAUAGACUUGUUUUUGUACUUGAAUAUACUUAUGCUAACAAAUAUCAAACAAAAUGUGUGUGAUUUUUCAUAAAAGAAUCAACUAUUUAAACAGCACACACAUAUGUGUUAUCUCUCCGCCAUAAUCCUAUCAGAUGUCUCGAUCCUACACGUAUGUCUCGAGAAUCACGAUACGGCUUACCGAAUGUGAUCCGUUUAUUAUUGAGAAUUGAAUUGUUAAUUCAAGUUGGGAAUGGACUAGCUCACGCCUAAUUAGGGCCUAUAAAUGUACACAAACAAAUAAAACGUUGAGAAACAA